AUGCCGAACGACACACCAGGACGCAACGUGUGGCGUUGCCGGGGGCGACCGCUGGGUGUGGCUCACGAGCCGUCCGUCAACGUUGCGGUGGUGUUCGGAGGCUCCUCCUACCAGAGCGAGGUCAAGGGUCGUCUCAGCCGCGAGAACUUCCUGGACCUGCCGCUCGAGGUGAACCCCAUCACGGUGCUGGUGAACGACAGCAACCCUCGUGCGCUGCUGACGCGCGUGUGUGACACGCUGGCGGCGAACCGGGUGCACGGGCUGGUGUUCGAGGACACACACACGCACACGGAGGCCGUGGCCCAGAUCCUGGACUUCAUCUCCACGCAGACCGCCGUGCCCAUCGUGGGCAUCAGCGGAGGCUCGGCCGUGGUGCUGCCACACAAGGGAGAGGGCUCCACGUUUCUUCAGUUGGGGUCGUCUAUCGAGCAACAGGUCAACGGAAUGUUCAAGGUGAUGGAGGAGUAUAACUGGGACAGCUUCGCCGUGGUGACGAGCCUGUAUCCGGGAUACGAGACCUUCGUAGACUACAUCCGCUCCUUCGCCGAGACCUCCUACUUCCUGUGGGAGCUACAGGAUACGCUGACCUUUGACAUGUCCGCCGACGGGAUGAACGACCUGCGCGCCAAACGCCUACUGCAGCAGGUGGAUGCGCAGGUGCUCUUGGUGUACUGCUCGCAUGAGGAGGCCGUCUUCCUGUUUCGUGUGGCCCGUACGGUGGGCCUGAUUGGCCCGGGAUACAUCUGGUUCCUGCCCAGCGUCGCCGUGGGCAACCCCAACGCCCCGCCCCCAGAGGCCUUCCCGGUAGGAGUGGUGUCGGUCAUCUCGGGGCGGUGGCGUAUGUCUCUGCGUAGCCGCGUCCGUGACGGUGUUGCCAUCGUGGUGCAGGGGGCUCAGAGCUACCGACGCCAGUGGGGGUCACUCCCCGAAGGACACAACGACUGUCACACACCCCUACGACCCGCCACCAACGACACACUCUUCAGGCACAUGCUGAACGUGACGUGGGAGCACACUGACUUCAGCUUCAACAGUGACGGAUACCUACAGAAUCCCUCCAUGAUCAUCAUCACACUCGACAGGGACCGCAACUGGGACAAGGUGGGCCGUUAUGAGUCGGGUAUUCUCCAGAUGCGCUACCCUGUGUGGCCCCGAUACGGCAAUUACCUGGAGCAGGUGUCAGAUGAUCGUCACCUGACGGUGGCCACUUUAGAGGAGCGUCCCUUUGUCAUCGUGGAGCCAGUCGACCCGGCAACCGGAACCUGCCUUAGCAACACCGUCCCCUGCCGACGCCAGUCCAACAAGACCGAGUCUAUCGUGGGCCACUCGGAGCCCUACACCAAGCUGUGCUGCAAGGGCUUCUGCAUUGACAUCCUGAAGAAGCUGUCUCGCAACAUCAAGUUCUCCUACGACCUCUACCUCGUCACCAACGGCAAGCACGGCAAGCUGGUGCGCGGCACCUGGAACGGCAUGAUCGGAGAGGUGUUCUACAAGCGUGCGGACAUGGCGAUCGGCUCUCUGACCAUCAAUGAGGAGCGCUCGGAGAUCAUCGACUUCUCCGUGCCCUUCGUGGAGACGGGCAUCAGUGUCAUGGUCGCCCGGAGCAACGGCACCGUCUCGCCCUCCGCCUUCUUAGAGCCGUACAGUCCUGCGGUGUGGGUGAUGAUGUUCGUCAUGUGCCUGACGGUGGUGGCCAUCACGGUGUUUGUCUUCGAGUACUGCAGCCCCGUCGGCUACAACCGCAGCCUCAUCAGUGCCAAAGAUCCGGGCGGUCCCACCUUCACCAUUGGCAAGUCUGUGUGGCUGUUGUGGGGCAUCGUCUUCAACAACUCGGUUCCCAUCGAGAACCCCAAAGGAACCACCAGCAAGAUCAUGGUUCUCGUCUGGGCCUUCUUCGCCGUCAUCUUCCUGGCCAGCUACACAGCAAACCUGGCGGCCUUCAUGAUACAGGAACAGUACAUUGACACCGUGUCGGGACUCAGCGACAAGAAGUUCCAGAAGCCUCAGGAGCAGUAUCCUCCGUUUCGGUUCGGGACGGUGCCCAAUGGGAGCACGGAGAGGAACAUCCGCAGCAACUACCCCGAGAUGCACGCUCACAUGGUCAAAUACAACCAGAAAGGAGUGGAGGACGCUCUCAACAGCCUAAAGACAGGGAAGCUGGAUGCCUUCAUCUAUGAUGCUGCGGUGCUGAACUACAUGGCGGGAAAAGACGAGGGCUGCAAGCUGGUCACCAUCGGCUCUGGGAAGGUGUUUGCUACUACCGGCUAUGGCAUCGCCCUUCAGAAGGAGUCUCGUUGGAAACGGCCCAUAGACCUCGCUCUGCUACAGUUCCUGGCUGACGGUGACACCCAGAAACUCCAGACGGUGUGGCUGACUGGCAUCUGCCGAAACGAGAAGAAAGAGGUGAUGAGUUCUAAGCUGGACAUUGACAACAUGGCGGGGGUGUUCUACAUGCUCCUGGUUGCCAUGGGACUGAGCCUGCUGGUGUUUGCGUGGGAGCAUCUGCUCUACUGGAAACUACGCCACUCCAUACGCAAGUCAGAAAGACUGGACUUCCUACUGGCGAUUAGCAGGGGCAUUUACAGCUGUUUUAACGGUGUGGAGGAGACGGAGAGGAGAGCCAGCCUGCAGAGUCCCGACGUGACGAGCAGCUACCCUCACACACACCCGCACGAGUAA